UUCCGGGAUCACAGCAGGAAUUCCUUAUAGAUUUGCAGCUGAGACAUGUUCCUGACUCAGGGUCCGCAUCUGUAUUUCUACUCCUUCCAGGGUCGGUAGGCUAGAUUUCACCCCCUUGCCAGGGGGAAAAUCGAUCUGCUCAAGGCAGUGUUUCUGAACGUGGAGUGGUGCCUUUCUGUACCAGCUACAACUGUGAAAAUCCAGGCCAAUGAGUGUGCAGCAGGACAUCAGAAGAUUCUUUGGUGGCCUUUCUACUGGGAAGAAACCUGGGAGUGAGACUUUGGAACGGAAUCGGGUUAAAAAUGUUGGCAAGGGAACUUCAGAUACAAAAAAGAAAACUGAUACCAAGGGAAAGGAUUCAUGCAAUUCAAUAUCAGGAAAGCAAAAGCCAGUGCACAGGAAAAAAAACAUUAUUUAUGAUUCAGAUUCUGAAUCUGAAGAGACUCCUCCAGAUAAGAAAUCUAAAAAAAACCCUUGCACUACCAAACCUGCGAAGCCUUCCAAACUAGAGACUGUUACAAUGGUUUCUGAAACUGAUGAAGAGGAAGAUUUUCAACAAAGUAGGAAGAUUGCCCAGAGGUAUCAAGAAAAUGGUGGUCACCCUGGAACAUCUGGCUCUGGAAGGUCUGCAGACAAUAAAUUGCAGGUCAAAUCGCCGCAGCCUAAACCAGCGAGUCCAGAGAAAUUCACCUGCACAUCUGUGCGCGAUUACUUUGGCACAAGCACAGUUCAGAGAUCAAAUAAAAAACUGGUGGCUAGCAAAAGGAAAGCACCUUCAGGCAGUGCUGGUUCCACAAUUAAUGAUGAGGAGCUGGCUCGUCAGCUGCAACUUGAUGAGGACGCAGAGCUUGAGAGGCAGCUACAUGAGGAUGAACAAUUUGCUAAAACACUGGCAAUGUUGGAUGAGUUGCCAAAAAGUAAAAAGGCACGUACUGAUUCUGAAGGCCAGGAACUAUCCUUAUCCUUGGUUGUAAACGCUGAACCCAGAAAAACAGAUGAACAGGCAGCGGAACAUUCUGGUAAAGCCAAGAUGUUGAGUGGAACUGACAGUAAUGUGAAAAAUUGUACUGAGAAAGCUGUAAGUAGCAAAUCACAGAGCCUGAGGACUUCCUCCCAACACUCACCUGAAUCUUCCAGUGUUAAAGUGGAAAACUCAUUUAGUAAAUCAUCUCCAGUCAAAAGCAGUACAAAACUUGCUAUCAUGAAACGUAAAGAAGAACUAACGCACGUGAUAGGAAACAGUCCAACAAGAUCAGCCCGAGAGAAGAGAAGUUCGCCAAGGAAAGAGGAGAAAACUGAAUUUUCAAAGCAAGGUCAAACCAAGAUUUCUCCUAAGAAAGAAGAAAAAACUAUCUCUCCAAAUAAAGAGAAGAUUUCUCCAAACAAAAAGAAAAUAUCCCCAAAUAAAUCUGAGUCUGAGAACCCAGAGACUGCUGAAAAGAAGCGUCAGAAUUACCUGGCCUACCGUAGCUUCCUGAACCGUGAUGGUCCUCGAGCUCUGGGGUCUAAAGAAAUCCCUCAGGGAGCUGAGAACUGCUUGGAAGGACUUUCGUUCGUUAUUACAGGAGUCCUGGAGUCCAUGGAACGUGAUGAUGCUAAAUCUUUAAUCGAACGUUAUGGAGGGAAGCUGACAGGAAAUAUUAGCAAGAAAACCAAUUACUUGGUAACUGGUCGAGAAGGUGGACGAGCAAAACUGGACAAGGCUGAGAGUCUUGGAACAAAGCAAAUUGAUGAAGAUGGACUGCUAGAUCUAAUUCGUAGAUUGCCAGGAAAGAGAUCCAAGUAUGAGAUUGCAGCUGAAAAUGAGGUGAAGAAAUCAAAUAAUGUAAGAGAGGGUGGCAGGAUCAUGCAGAAAGGCGAACACCAUAGCAAGACGAUUUCACCGAUAUCGAAGAAACAGUGUGAAGAUAACAAGAGCAGUCCGUCAACACCUGAAAACGGCGAGUCUUCAAGAUGUGCAAAGAGGAGUAUUUUGUUCAAAGCAGAUCCUUUCAGCAAUCAACCUGAAGUGAAGUGUGAACCUCAGUUGCAGACUUCAAUGAAGGAAGAGCAGAGUUUGCUCUGGGUGGAUAAAUACAAACCUGCAGCGCUGAAGAAUAUAAUAGGACAGCAAGGGGAACAGAGCUGUGCAAAUAAACUAGUUCGUUGGUUGAAACAAUGGCAUGUGAACAACUCUGGCAACCCCACAGCAAAAUUCACUAAAUUUGGUGGAAAGGAUGAUGGUUCAAGUUUCAAAGCUGCACUGCUGUCCGGUCCUCCUGGUGUAGGUAAAACAACCACAGCCGCUCUGGUCUGUAAGGAUCUGGGCUACAGCUAUGUUGAACUUAAUGCCAGUGAUGCUCGCAGCAAAAACACACUGAAGGAAGUGAUAGCAGAGUCACUGAACAAUACAAGUAUCAAAGGAUUCUCAUCAGGAGCACCAUCAGUAAGCACUAAACACUUGCUAAUCAUGGAUGAGGUGGAUGGAAUGGCUGGCAAUGAGGACAGGGGAGGGAUACAGGAAAUGAUUUCUCUCAUUAAACGGACCAAAGUUCCUAUUCUCUGUAUAUGUAAUGACCGAAAUCAUCCCAAGAUCCGCUCACUGGCCAAUUACUGCUUUGACCUCCGCUUUCAGCGGCCUCGGGUAGAACAAAUCAAGGGAGCAAUGAUGACUGUUGCAUUUAAAGAAGGCUUGAAGAUUCCCCCUCCUGCUAUGAAUGAAAUUAUACUUGCAGCAAAUCAGGACAUCAGACAGGUUCUGCAUAAUCUCAGUAUGUGGUGUGCAGAAAACAAGACUUUGACUUAUGAUCAGGCAAAAGAAAAUGGCAGCAAGACGAGGAAAGAUACUAAACUGGGUCCCUUUGAUGUUGUGAGGAAAGUAUUUACUACUGGAGAGGAGGCCGCCCACAUGAGUCUGAUAGACAAGUCCGACCUUUUCUUUCAUGAUUACUCAAUAGCACCGCUCUUUGUGCAAGAAAACUAUUUGCAUGUGAAGCCCGCAGCUGCUGGAACAAACAUGAAGAAGCACCUCAUGCUCUUGAGUAAGACAGCAGAAAGUAUCUGUGAUGGGGAUCUUGUUGAUAAAAGAAUUCGUUCUCUGCAGUCGUGGAAUCUCCUCCCUACUCAGGCCAUUUAUGCCAGUGUGAUCCCUGGUGAAUUGAUGAGGGGAUACAUGUCACAGUUUCCAAGUUUCCCAAGCUGGUUGGGAAAAUUUUCAUCCACUAAUAAACAUGAUCGUAUUGUGCAAGAACUUACCAGGCACAUGUGCCUAAGGACGCAUGCCAGUAAACGAGCUGUAAACUUGGAUUAUCUUCCUUACCUGCGGGAUACUUUGGUGCAGCCUCUAACACUUCAGGGAACAAAUGGUGCUCAAGAGGCAGUUGCAACGAUGAAUGCAUAUUAUCUGAUGAAAGAGGAUGUAGAUAGUAUCAUGGAGAUUAGCAGCUGGGCUGGUCGACCUGAUCCUUUCUCAAAACUAGAUCCUAAGGUGAAAGCUGCAUUUACACGGACCUAUAACAGAGAGACACAUUUGACUCCCUAUGCACUACAAGCUGUAAAGAAAUUGAAACGUGGAAGUACAGCUGGAUCAUCACUGGACACUGAACUUAAUGAUGACUUGCAGACAGAGGAUGUACAGUCAGAAGAGACUGAAGAUAAUUUGGAAUUAGAUGGAAUGAUUAAGCCAAAGAAACCAAAAGCAAAGAACAAAAUGGAAGAACAAUUACCACAGCAGAAAGGAAGAAAAGAUAAAGGGAAACGAAAGGCAACCAAAUGAUAUUGUCCAGAAACCAGAUGAUUUUUAUCUGAUUGUAGCUCUGCUGAUAGGAAACAAUUGCAGAGACCAAUCUCAAUGUUUGCUGCUUAAUAUGACAGUUCAAGGAAAAGUGUAAUUCCUUUCAGCUUCUAUAAAUUUAUAUUUACUGUCUUUACUCACUGCAGUAGAGAUGUGAGAAUUAUUCACUGUAUAUAUGCAAUGCAAAAAAACUACCCUUUAGGUAUUUUUUGAAACUGUACAUUAACAAAAUUUGGCACAAAUUCCUUUUUUAAAUAAAUAAUUUUUUGCAGUCUCAUCAGCAACAGGAAGGUGAUUCCUGUGUUACUUUCCUGUGCAGACAUAAUUGCUGAGAAAAGAUUUGUGGAUUAGCUGGUCUAUUCCCUGCACUGGGCGCUGAAGCUUUGACAUCUGUGAAACAUUGGUUCCUGUUCUUACUAUGGCCUUGUUUGCAACUAGUUUACCCUCUGACCAUAGCAAUACCAAUACCAAUGCGGUAAAGUUAUCUUGCGAGCCUAUAAUCCGUCAUCCCUUCUCUCUCUCUCGCCCUGUCAAAAUGAAAGAAAAAUUCAGAUUCCUAGUUCUGCACUUUAUUUUUAUGAGAUGAGUACAGAGGACUGUGUUAUGCUGACAAAAACUGAAGAUGUCAGAUUAUUCCCAUGAGAGUAAAGCCAUUAACUCAAGAAUAUAUUGCAAUUUUGGUGUUUUUUUUAAAAAUCUCAUUCACAAAAGACUUUCUGCUUGUAGGAUGACUAGGGAGAUGUAUGCAAGGUUGCUCAGUUGUCACAUCCUGGAAUGAACAAGGAAGUAUCAUUGCCUAAGUCAUGUGGCUGCAUGCCAUAUUUUGAAAAGUUUAGUUACAAUUAAUAUUCCAGCAAUUUUUAUGUCCAGACUUGGUACCUGAUCCUGUUGAAUACCCCAGCUUUCAUUCAGUCACUGAUUUGAUUGGUUUGUCCCUAGUGAGGUGUAAUAUAAUGCUUGUUGAUUCCAUGGAAUAUUUUUUGUUGCUCCUUCUUAUGAAAGUCAAAGCAAGUUACUAUGUGGAAAUGUUUUUUUUUGUUACAUUAAAUGCUCUGAAAGCUUGUCACCAGAGAUUAUUGAAGUUUAAAAAGUGUUUUGAUUUUUGUAGCUUCUAUAUUUUCUUCCAUUACCUGGAUGCAGGUGCAUGCUCCUUAUAUAUAACAUUCACCAGAGAUGCAAGGCGUCAAGUUGUUUCGUACAUUAACCAUGACAGCAACCUGUAGGUUUCGGGCCAAAGUAUUUGGCUUCUUACUGUACUAGCAGAAAGGGUCGCUGGUACUUACUUUUAACCCAAGUAAAUGAAAUACUAAGGCUUGCAUUGAAUUAAUACUUUAUUGAAUCCAUUCGAAGCAUUUCAAAAUAUCUGAUGGAUCAUAGAAAUAUGCAUGUUAAUGGGCAAGAAAGCUUCCUUCUGUAGGAAUUUCAGUAUGCACAGGAUGAGGUACGUACAACGGUUUUUAGAUCAAUGCUGUAUUUGAGAAAUGUCAUCUCUCCCUGUGCAUUAUUGAAUCCUCUCUUUGUGUAGGACUUGCAGUCAUAAAUGUUCACCUGGAGUACUAACAGCCAAGUCUAAAAACUUACUGUUUUAAAAUGGAAGUUUUAUUACUAAUACCAUACAUUGUGACUUCAGGGCAUGUAUUUUUGUCUUGGGCAGAAUGAGGAAACUCGUUCCUGUGAAAGGUGGCCCAAUGGUUAGUUUUAUUUCUGGUAAAUUGAACUAUGGCCAACAACAAUUAUAAUUGUUGGUGAAAGUUUUUAGGUUAAUUUGGUAUGUAUGUUAAAACAAUGUAUUUUAGUGUAUUUCAAUUACGGAGCAUUGAAAUCACCGGACUUUGGAGUAUCCCAUAAGUAAGUCAGGAAUUCCUUUAAGAUUUCAAAUAUUAAUAAUAAAUCCAAAAAAAUUGCAAAGGCAAUCAAGGUAUGAUGUAAAACAAAAAUUAAACUGAAGAUAGUGAGUGUUUUUGUGUCCCUGCCUCUGAGCCAGGAGACCUGUUCUAUACGUGUGUAAUGUCAUUCUGAAUAGGUUGAUUUUUUUUUUAAAAAACGCAGUGUGGAUUUCAUAAAGCCAUUCAGAGCACUGUUUGUGAAUGUUGGAGAGACUAUAGACAGGGAGAUUGUGAAAGCUAAUUUUGUAAUGCUCAACUACCUGCUUUAUAAAAAACAUUCUAUGCUGAUAGUAAAGUAUUAAGAGUUCACAAUGAACUUUAUGAUGAAUUAUAGAUAAAUACUUGAAGAAAUCCAUUUACAAUUUGACCAUAAAAAUGCUUAAAAAGGAAAUGUUUCAAAUGUAGACGUGCAUUGAAGAACUCCUGGUACUUUCAACAAUGGUUUAUGAUGCUGGAUCUGUAAAAUAAAUGACAUUGUUAAAUAAAAACAGAAUGCCCAAGUGGUGCAGCAGGUCUAGCAGCACCACUGGAGAGAGAAACAAUUAA